AUGUUUUUAGAUACGAGUUAUUUAAAACAUAAGCGACAGAAGACGUUGUCGCCCACUCUGCCGAUGUAUGAUCAGGACAGAUUCGGCAACGACCACAUUAAGUCAGAACCAAGAGAUAAAUCUUCGCCGCAUCAUUUAAGCAGCCCCUUGCGAGUUUUCUCACCCAGCUAUGAACAGGAGCAAGUACAAGAAACUCCUUACCAGUGGGAAAUGCCAUCUGCCUUGCCCAUCGCUGGGUCGGUCCACAUGAACUACAACCAGGAUAUGCAAUGGAAUCAAAACUACAUGCAACUAACAUCCAACAUGCAAGGAGUUUCAACCAACAUGCCCAUGUCGUCUAUGACAAACCUACAAAACAUUCAGGCAAACUUGCACCCCCUUCCCUCCAAUAUGCAGUCUAUUUCCCCCGGCUUGCAACCCUUAUCCCCAAACGUCCACACGAUCUCGUCUAUAGGCACGAUGGGCCGAAUCUCCCCUAUGCACGGGGGCGUGUCCCCCAACAUGGGCCACGUGUCCCCCGCCAUGGGCCACGUGUCGCCGGCCAUGAGCCACGCGUCUCCCGGAGUGGGCCACAUGUCCCCUGGCAUGGGCCAUAUAUCCCCCAAUGUAAUGCAACAACAACAGUUGCACCAACAAGAUCUGAUGGAGACAGCCGGCACAAGUGACACUCCCUCACUGACAGGUCUCCUAAUGGACCGAGGGGAAGGCAUCCCCCAACUGAACUCCGGAGAGCUCUCCGGACUCUCCUCCCUUCUGGACCGUGGGCCAGACCUUAGUGACAGCCUCAAUAGACUAUCCACUAGUGAUUUACUCCAU